UGCGUCUGGCGUCUUGGGUUUCACUGAAACUUACCCGGCUCCGGGGAGUAGCUGGCCGGCGCUCCAAUUAGGUGCGGGCCAGCCGCCGGCUUUCGCUCCCAACGGCGAGUGCCACCGAGUUUUGAAUCGGUGGCGGCGGACUUUCUCGCCCGCCCGGCGUCGGGGCUGCUGGAAAGAUGCGCAGUCUGCGCGCGCCUCGGCUGCUGGCGUGCGCCUUCCUGCUGGCGGCCUCGGCCGCCGCCUCGCAAACCCUUCCAGGAUCCAACAGAACAAGCUCGAAAGGAAGAAGUCUCAUCGGUAGGGUUGAUGGCUCAUCUCAAGUCACAGGGAAAGGAGCGGCAGUGGAACCAGGCUUUUCUGUAGAUGACUUUUCUGCCUCUGUUCUCACCGGGAAACUGACUACUGUCUUUCUCCCCAUCAUCUACACAAUUGUAUUUGUGAUUGGCUUACCAAGCAAUGCCAUGGCACUGUGGGUCUUCCUGUUCCGAUCCAAGAAGAAGCACCCUGCUGUGAUUUACAUGGCCAACCUGGCCUUGGCUGACCUCCUGUCAGUUAUCUGGUUCCCGCUGAAGAUAGCCUAUCACAUACAUGGCAACAACUGGAUUUAUGGGGAGGCACUUUGCAAAGUUCUCAUUGGAUUUUUCUAUGGCAACAUGUACUGCUCCAUUCUCUUCAUGACCUGCCUCAGCGUACAGAGGUAUUGGGUUAUUGUGAACCCCCUGGUGCAUCCCAAGAAGAAGGCAAAUGUUGCCGUCGGUGUCUCCCUGGGAAUCUGGCUGCUAAUUCUGCUGGUGACCAUCCCCUUGUACAUGGUGAAGCAGACUGUUUUCAUUCCAUCCCUUAACAUUACCACCUGCCAUGAUGUUUUGCCUGAGAAGGUGCUGGUGGGAGACAUGUUCAGUUACUUCCUCUCUCUGGCCAUCGGGGUCUUCCUGUUUCCAGCCUUCCUCACGGCCUCUGCUUAUGUGCUGAUGAUCAGAACCCUCCGAUCUUCUGCCAUGGAUGACAAUUCAGAGAAGAAGAGGGGGCGAGCCAUCAAACUCAUUGUCACAGUCCUGGCUAUGUACCUGAUCUGCUUCACUCCCAGUAAUCUUCUGCUCGUGGUGCAUUAUUUCAUGAUUAAAAACUGGAGCCAGAGCCAUGUCUACGCCCUGUACAUUGUGGCCCUCUGCCUCUCUACCCUCAAUAGCUGCAUUGACCCCUUUGUCUAUUACUUCGUUUCCAAGGACUUUAGGGAUCACGCAAAGAACACUCUCCUUUGCCGAAGUGUCCGUACGGUGAAUCGUAUGCAAGUAUCCCUCACGUCAAAGAAAUUUUCGAGGAAGUCCAGCUCUUACUCGUCAAGUUCAACCAGUGUUAAGACGUCCUAUUGAGUUUUCCACAGCUCCUCUGUUGGGAGUG